AUGCUGACACUCAAGCCUAUCUUUGCUUUUUUCAGUUCCUCCAGCAGUAAAAAUGCUAAACAUGGUAAAAAGCAGCAGCAUAUCCGUAGGGAACAACUGCAAAAAGAAGUAAAACCAGCUAUUGCUGAUAAAUCGUCUGGCAAGGAUAUAACAAUAGAAGAGAGAGGAGAGAAAAUCGGAGUAACCCAUCUCAAAGUUGACAGUGAAACUGCAAGCCCAAUCACCGAAAGAUCUUCGGUAUCUAUUAAUGAAGCGCUGUCGGUUGUAUCAGCAACUGCUACAGCUACUGGAUCAGCAAAAGACAGUAAUGUCUAUAAAAACUAUUCAUCUGAACAUGUUAAAGUCGAAUUCGAUCAGUCGCGUCACUUACUGGAGCUGGAUUUCUUUCAACAACAAGAUUUGGUAAUGUCUUUCCCUCAAUUUGAUUACCUUCUAAGAAAAUCAACAAUAGUUGGUUUCGAGCCAGAGCCAACCGAUGCUGUAAGCCGUGAUAAGCCCGCUGCUCGUAGAUUUUCGAAUAUCAGCGAUAAACUUACAAUGAAAGCCAUUCGUAGAAAGAUAUCAGUUUAUAAUAAAUGGCAAAGUAAUUCUAGCAGUAGCAAUAACGAACAACAGCCACUUCAUAGAUCAAAAUCAGCACCCAAUCUAGCAUAA